GGGCGUGAUAAUGACUCUGAUCGGCAUUUUCUGGUACACCCAUCUGAAGCUCCAAGCAGCCUCCGAGCCCAAACAGAGCAAAUCGCCCCACCAACAGAACAAACUUGUCAACAAGGACGGCGCCCACAAGGAGGAGCGUGAGCUAACGGAAAGGGACCACAGCAACGUCUCGACCGAGGCGGGCUCCCCUUUGGCCAACGACGAGGAGCUGGGGGGCUCCAGCGACGAAGACACACAGAUGCUGAUCGCACACCACAGGGGGGAGGGGGGCAUCAGCCCACACGGCGGCCCGGGGAGGGAGAAAUGAAUAACCUGCCUUCGGUUGACCGAGCGAUGGACACUAGGAAGGUGCUGGCUGGCUGGUUGGCUGGUUGAUGAGACAGGGGAGGGGGGGAGGGGGGGAGGGAGGGAAGGGUGUUUGCUGUGUAUAUACAUGACAUGCACAUGGAUAUCUAACGACUGACUGACUGACUGACUGUGUAUACGUACGGAUGCCUGUUGGCUGCAAUGCAAUUGGGGGCGGCGUGACGGACGGACGGAUGGAUGGAUGGAUGGCCGGAGCGACCAAUUCAAUCGGGAUGGAGGGAGGGUGGUCUAUGUAGCUAUCCAGUGACCGCACUGGCAGACAGACAGACAGGGUGGGGAAAGUGAUCCGUGAGUACUAUGUAUGUAUGUAUGUAUGUAUUGAUAAGUCGGCAGGCAUUGCGCUGAAUGGGCCGCAUUAAUUGCCGCGUUUUUCUGUUGUCGAUCGACACAAACAAACAAACUUGGAUACCUACCUACUUGUACUUGUCCGUCCAUGUAGCUAGGCGAUCUGCUCACUCACUGGCUCCUUCCUUGUCUGUCUGUCUAUGCUCUGCUGCGCUGUGUAUCUCUCUAUCUACUUCUGCCCGUCCUCCCAGGCUGCUGGCAGCUAUGUGGGUGUGCGGAUACACUCACUGGCGGCUGCAAGUUAGCUAGCUACAGAGUCUGUGAGAGUGUGUGUGUGGGCAGUGCACUGGUGGGAGGGAGGGAGGCGUGUGUAUCUUUCCACCUGCAAAGCCAUCCAGCUCCUUUCCUGCCUGCCUGCCUGCCUGCCUGCCUGUCUGCCUAACCUGACGUGGGGGGGAAGUUUGUACUCGUGUGUGGGUGUGAGUACGGAUCGGACCUGCCGACUCUAUCUAUCAUGUGGAUGCCUUCAUUCCACAUGAACGUUCGUUCGUAUGCGUGCGCCUACGUGUCUGCCGUGUGCUCCUGCACACGCGCACUCACGAAAUUCGCAAACCCUACGCAUAAUUAGGGUUUGG